GUCGUUCGUGAUAACUUGUCUGUUGUUGGUCCGCUCUCUAUCGCGCGUUGUGUUUACAACUGUGUUUUUGUUAUUGCUUUAAAAUAGAACCUGUGACAGUGACAUAGUGAAAUAUAUUGUAUGUUAUCAUACUCUAUUAUACAAAUACAUUAAUAACAGUGGUUAGAGAAGUGCAGACAGCCACGGCACGCGCCGAGCUCAGCUCGGGACAUGCGGGCAGAGGCGAGCGUUCGCGCGGCGUAAUGCGGCGCGCGGGCGACUGGGUUGCGUGGCCGGCGGCGGCAUGCGUGCUGCUGCUAGCCUGCGACUGCGCAUGCGCCAUCGAAAUGGUUGCACCUGGGAUAUGUCCCUCAAUCGACAUCAGGAACAACCUGGAGAAGACGAAGAAGCUCCAGGAGUGCCGCGUGAUCGAGGGGAACCUGAACAUCGUUCUGAUGGAGCACGUCACACAUGCUUCCUUCGAGAAUUUCUCUUUCCCCCAUCUACGUGAGGUCACCGGAUAUGUUUUGAUUUAUAGACUAAGGCGUUUGAGAAACCUCGGCGACCUGUUCCCAAAUCUGUCCGUGAUACGAGGCCUGCAGCUAUUCAAGGAUUUUGCCCUCGUCAUUUUUGACAAUGAAGGUCUCGAGUCCCUAGGUCUCCGUUCCCUUUCUCGUAUCGAGAGAGGAGCGGUGCGGAUACAGAACAACGACCGGCUGUGUUACGUGAACACCAUCGAUUGGUCCAAGAUCGUGGCCAAGACAGAGCAUAAUAUUAUUGGGUCGAACUACGACACGCGGCUCUGCGGCCUGUGCCCGCACGCGCAGAGCCGCAUGAAGGACCGGCAGGACCACAUGCAGUGUCCCGCGGACUCGUCCGGCCGGCUGCUCUGUUGGGACGAGAAUAACUGCCAGAAGCGAGACUGCCCAAGCGCGUGCGGCGACCGCGGUUGCUACGGCAACGACACGUGCUGCCACUCGACCUGCCUCGGCGGCUGCGACGGGCCGCUGCCCAGCGACUGUCACGUGUGUGCCAACUUCUCGUUCCGAUACGGCGCAGAGCGGACGUGCAUGGAACGAUGUCCUGCUAACACUUAUCAGUUGGCGCGUCGCUGCGUCACAGAGCAGGAGUGCCGCUCGAUGCCGGUGCCGCCGGGCGCGGUCGGACUGCAAGCGCCGAACAUCAAGGCGUACAAGAUACUCAACAACGAGAAGUGCGUGUACGUCUGCCCGAGCGGGUACAUUGAGACAGGAGAGCCUCACAACUCGAAGUGUGUGCCGUGCCCGCAGUCGGGCUGCCAGCGCGAGUGCGAGGGCGGUAACAUCGACUCGAUAUCCGCGGCUGAGAAGUUCCGCGGAUGCACACACAUACUGGGCAACCUGGAGAUUGUGCUGAGAGCCAGUGGAGGGAACACAAUGACAGUGCUAGAGAACACGCUGGGCGAGAUCAGAGAGAUAACGGGCGCGUUGCGAGUGAUUCGUUCAUACCCGCUCGUGUCGCUCAUGUUCCUGAAGAACUUGCAGCGGAUUGGUGGCGGACCCAACAUCGACAAUAAACCGAACAUGCACAGCCUGUACAUAUUCAACAACCCGAACCUUGAAAUGCUCUGGGAAUGGACACCGGGCAAACAAAUAGAGAUAUCCUCCGGUCGACUCUUCAUCCAUUUCAACCCGAAACUCUGCUACGACAAGAUAGAGAAGCUCAGGAAUAUGACCCGGGACCCGGCGAGCGACUUCAGCUCGAUAGAAGUGUCCCCGGAUAACAAUGGAGACCAGGCUUCUUGUCUGAAAGACACGUUGGAACUGAAGGUGUUCUCAAUGUUCAAGAUAGUUGGUUCCUCUGGAGUACUGCUCACGUGGAACAUGUAUUGUCCAGAAGACAUGAGACAGUUACUCGGCUACUCGAUAUAUUAUAUACAGGCGGAACAGAAUGUGACCAUUUAUGGGCAGAGGGACGCUUGCUCGGAUAUUUGGAGCGUACGGGACAUACCACUGGACGAAGUACGGAACGCUACAGCCGCGCCCAAGAGCAAGGAAAACGUACUAUCGAGCCCUUGUGAUGACUUACAACCGCUCUUCCAUCCACUGUCGUACUUGACUCCGUACACUCGGUACGCUGCGUACGUGAAAACGUACACGACGUCACAGUACAGUAAGGGCGCUCAGAGCCCGAUCAUUUACUUCACUACUCUGCCUGGACCGCCCAGUCCGCCAACCGGGCUCACAGCAUCAGUGCGCCAACACUCAGCCACCAUCAGCUGGUCACCGCCGUCCAUGCCCAACGGCACUAUCGCGCUCUACCGCGUAGAGAUACAAGCCAACGCGUAUAACCACCACAAGAUACUUACUGAGAACCUAAAUUACUGCAAUAAUCCAAGCGUGCUAGCAAACGUGAUAGCGGUCCGCGGUGAAGAAGUCGUCCCGAAAAAAGAGGACAAAUCGACAGGCGACGUAAAGAGCGGGACCUGUGCGUGUAAAGAAGAACCUGAACCAGCGGUGCGGUUCACUUCGGUUGCUGAGGAGGAACGCGUCGAGAGUAUAUACUUUGAGAACGAGCUGCAGAAUUUCGUGUACAUAAAGAACCGCAACAAGCUGGUGGGCGGGUCGUCCCGCGCCAACCGCACGCGGCGCUCCAUCGACAACUCGCUCAACAGCAUGCUCGUCAUACUCAGCGACACGCACGCGCCCGGCGCCGGACUCAACUACUCCAACGAGACUGACGGCACGUACGUAAAGUCCCUGUACUACGAGCUGAGCGGCGACACGCACUCACUCACAGUGGACAAUCUGCGACACUUCACGUGGUACACGGUCAACAUAUGGGCGUGUAGGAAGAAGGAGGACGGCGAAUGCUGCUCUACCGAGCGGGCGUAUUAUAACUUCCGGACUUUAGAAAGAUUGAACGUGGAUGUAGUACGCAAAGUGCGUGCUGAAGUGGUGCCGUCAAAUAAAACAUUGUCUGAGGUGAACGUCACGUGGUUGCCGCCAGAGGACCCCAAUGGGUUCGUGGUGGCGUAUAACGUGUACCAUUCCAGAGUAGAAGACUCCACUCAGACACAAGACGUGGGCGUAACAAACUGUAUCAGCGCGAACGACUACGAGAACUACGGGCGCGGGUUUCUAAUGCGGAAUCUUGCGGCUGGCAACUACAGUAUACGGGUCACUCCGCUCACUGUGAGCGGGGUGGGCAAUGUGUCCUCCGAGAUAUUCGUGUUUAUACCGGAGGUGCGGCUGGAGGGCGGGUACGAGUGGGUGUGGGGCGUGGCGGGCGGCUGCGCGGUGGUGGCGUGCGCGGCGGCGGCCGGCGCGUGGUGGGCCCGCCGCGCGCGCACGCACGACGCCAACAAGCUGUUCGCCAGCGUCAACCCGGAGUACGUGUCCACCGUGUACGUGCCCGACGAGUGGGAGGUGCCGCGCGCCAGCGUCGAGUUCGUGCGCGAGCUGGGCCAGGGCAGCUUCGGCAUGGUGUAUGAAGGGGUUGCAAAGAACAUUGAAAAAGGCAAACCAGAAACUCGGUGCGCUGUGAAAACUGUCAAUGAACAUGCCACUGACAGGGAGCGCAUCGAGUUCCUGAACGAGGCGUCAGUGAUGAAGGCGUUCGACACGUUCCACGUGGUGCGGCUGCUGGGCGUGGUGUCCCGCGGGCAGCCCACGCUUGUGGUCAUGGAGCUGAUGGAGCACGGCGACCUCAAGACGUACCUGCGCAGUCACCGCCCCGACGCCGACAACCAGGCUGAGGCGCCGCCCACGCUGCAGAACAUACUGCAGAUGGCUAUAGAGAUAGCCGACGGUAUGGCAUACCUAUCGGCCAAAAAAUUCGUGCACCGUGAUUUAGCGGCGCGCAACUGUAUGGUCGCGGGAGACCUCACCGUCAAGGUCGGGGACUUCGGCAUGACCAGAGACAUUUAUGAGACUGAUUAUUAUAGGAAAGGCACCAAGGGCCUCUUGCCGGUCCGAUGGAUGAGUCCUGAGAGCUUGAAAGAUGGGGUAUUUUCAAGCAAUACAGACGUAUGGAGUUAUGGUGUAGUUUUAUGGGAGAUGGCAACACUUGCUAUGCAGCCUUACCAGGGUCUGUCGAACGAGCAAGUGGUGCGGUACGUGGUGGAGGGCGGCGUGAUGGAGCGGCCGGAGCACUGCCCCGACCGGCUGUACGAGCUGAUGCGUGCGUGCUGGGCGCACCGGCCCGCCGCGCGGCCCAGCUUCCUGCAGCUCGUGGCCGACCUGGCGCCCAACGCGCAGCCCUACUUCCGCCACCGCUCCUUCUUCCACACGCCGCAGGGCCAGGAGAUGUACGCGCUGCAGCGGACUGCCGCGGAAGAGCAAGAGAUGCAGGAAGUGAACGUGGGCGCCGUAGCGACAGGCUCCGGCUCCAAUCUAUUCGGCGUGUCUGGCCGUAUCGCGUCCUGGGUUCGAGAACUUUCUUCCCUCCGUUCACGAACCUCAGAUGACGCAGCUGCAGAACCGCUCCAGCCCUUACAACCGGAGCGCAAAGCUGCACCCAACGGCACGCUCUCGCAGCCGCCCUGCUAGCCCUCGCACUCGCGCUCCACCACAUGGGAAUAGACAAGAGUCACUUCUAGUGCUCUAUGGAUGGAACACGCUCGAUUGACUCGCAACUGUCACUUCUAGUUUCUAUACAUCGGUGACUUGUCAAAGAAUGGAUCCGCGUUGGGUAUGACCAAGAAGCUUAUAUCUAAACUGGACAUUUCAGUAUGAACAUUUAACUUGUAACAAGAAAAUAUGACAUUGAAUGACGCCUGUAUGUUUUUUUAUCCCUUUCACACCUAACUUGGUCACCCCCACAGAAAGAGAUAAAAAACAUACAGGCGUCAUUCAAUGUCAUAUUUUCUUGUUACAAGUUAAUGUUCAUACUGAAAUCUCCAGUGUAUUAGAUAUAAGCUUCUUGGGUAUGACUUGUAUAAUCGAUUGAUACAAGUUGUAUCGUGUCAAUGGUAGUAAAGAGUAAAAUCAUAUAGCGGCUGUUGUAAUUAGGGACAGAUAAUUACUAACUUUAAUUUUGACGAUUAUUUUUAAUGCUGACAUACAUUCUUCAAUGAUUUUAUUUUAAUUAUAUUAAUAUGAUAAUUCAAAUAUUUAAUGUUACCCACAAAUGAUUACUACAAUACUAAUAAAAAUUAUGAUUAUAUGACAUAAAUAAUACACUAAGAUUAGUCACUAUUUGAUUUUAUUCUUUAGUGAUUCCAGCUAUAUAGACUUUGCAUUUCAUAAUUUUUAAUUGUUAUCGUCGCUUAUGGCAUAUCGUAUAUAUUCUGACGAUAUUAUUAAUGUUAUUUUACUAUAACAAUUGUUAAACAUAUGAGCAUUUAUUAUAUUUAAUCACUUUGCACAAAAUGGACCUUGUACAGAUAAAUUUUUCAUAAAUGCAAUAUAAGCGACGAUGUGAAUUAUUUUUAAUUAAAUUUAUAAUUGUAUAGUUAGGGAUUGUUUCGAGAGGAAAUGCACCUUAUUAUUGUUAUAAUUUAAGUAAAAUUUAUCGUACCAGCAGUGAAAUGAUUAAAGUAUUCAAUGUGUUCUUAUCAAAUUG